UGCCCCGGGUCACGUGCGCAGCCGCCAUAUUACUCCGGUGGCUCCUGCCUCGGGGAGGGGGUGUGCCGGAGCGGUGCUGCUCUCCGCGCGUGGUUUUCGUCCGGGGGGAAGGGUCUACGGAAUGUGAGGGGCAGUGGAGGAGAUGGCGGCGACGGCGCGGGAAGAUGGCGACCGCGGCCCGGAGCGAGGGCGGCGGGGCUGCGAGCACUAUGACAGAGGAUGUCUCCUGAAGGCGCCUUGCUGUGACAAGCUUUAUACUUGCCGGCUGUGUCACGAUAACAAUGAAGACCAUCAACUAGAUCGCUUUAAAGUAAAGGAAGUGCAGUGUAUAAACUGUGAAAAAAUCCAACACGCCCAGCAGACUUGUGAAGAAUGUAGCACACUGUUUGGAGAAUAUUACUGCAACAUAUGCCACCUGUUUGACAAAGAUAAGAAGCAGUAUCAUUGUGAGAACUGUGGAAUUUGUAGGAUUGGUCCAAAGGAAGAUUUUUUCCACUGUUUGAAAUGUAACUUAUGCCUAGCUAUGACUCUUCAAGGAAAACACAAGAUUAAUUUAUCGGUACACACAAUUAGGUUACUUUGUUUGUUAGGUAAAGUCCAAGUUGUAGUUGAGCCCUUCAGCCAGGAGGUGUGCUGCACCCCCGCGCGUGCCUGUGAGUGUAUUGAAAAUGUUUCCCGGCAGAAUUGCCCAAUAUGUUUGGAGGACAUUCACACGUCCCGCGUUGUCGCUCAUGUUCUGCCAUGCGGACAUCUUUUACAUAGAACAUGUUAUGAAGAAAUGCUGAAAGAAGGCUACAGAUGUCCCUUGUGUAUGCACUCUGCACUGGACAUGACCCGCUACUGGCGCCAGCUGGACGAUGAGGUGGCUCAGACUCCUAUGCCGUCAGAGUAUCAGAACAUGACUGUGGAUAUUCUCUGCAAUGACUGUAAUGGACGAUCCACAGUUCAGUUCCAUAUACUAGGCAUGAAGUGUAACAUUUGUGAGUCCUACAAUACUGCUCAAGCUGGAGGACGUGGAGUUUCCCUGGAUUUGCAGUGACCAACCUUACUAUACUGGAUAAAACAGCAUUUUCAGAUAGAGAAAAGAUUUUCCUUAGUGUCCUGUUGUAACGUGUUAUAAUCUGUGCAUUAGAGUCGAUGUGUUUUGUACUAGUGUCACAGCAUAAAAUAAUACUACAAGUACUUAAGGAUUCAGGGUCUCUUAGAGAAUUACCAUAGCUCUGUACUGAGUGAGAGCCACUGUGCUUGCAUUUUGAUUGGAAAUCCCUUUAUUGUCAGUUGAUGAGAAGCCAGUGAUGUUUGCCACCGACAUUCACAUUCACACAAGUAUGUUUCACUUUCAUGGAACUUUCAGUGACACUGCACGCAGAGUUCAUUUUUAGUUCUUGAUAGAACUGCACUUAAUUCUCAGUAGUAUUCUUGACUUUUUAAGGACUGUGCUAUAAAUGAAAAUACAUUCCACCUUAUUGUUAAAAAUCUAAUUAUGUACACUUAGAAUUUUCUAUGUCAGUCCUUUGGAUCCUUUAAAUGUGAAUUUUGGUGUAAUAACUGAAUAAAAUUAUAUUGAAGCAGUG